AUGGCCGUAGACGGUUAUUCUGAGGAGCAGUAUGAGCGGCUCGUUCGCGAAGUACGCAGUGUCCUCCAGCACACACUUGGAGCCAAACGUCCGCAUCAUGAAAGCAGCUCUGAGCACGAUGCGGAUGAUUCGGAGCAAUCGCCGAGUGAGCAGCGGAAGAAGCGGAGGCAAAGGAGUAAGAGGGCACAUCUUUUGAGGCCCGGGCCCACAUCUGGUCUAUCAAGCUACGCGAUUGCCGCAUCUCAAUCUGGCCCCGCCCCAGACGAGUCACCAUCUCAGAAACCAACAGUGUUUACCAAGGCAGCUGUCCUACGUCGUACGUCGCUCUAA